GUGACGUCAUUUGUUCCGCGUUGGCCUGGACUUGGCACCGAGUGAGCUGCGCCCAUUCCGCCGCUGAUCUUCUUUUCUUCUGCUGCUGUCAAGUCCGGGAAGCUCCAGUCGACAUGGGUCUGACGAUGUCCACGUUGUUUGCGAAGUUCUUCGGGAAGAAGCAGAUGCGGAUACUGAUGGUUGGCCUGGAUGCUGCUGGCAAAACAACCAUUUUGUAUAAACUCAAGCUUGGGGAGAUCGUCACCACCAUCCCGACCAUCGGUUUCAACGUGGAGACGGUGGAGUACAGGAACAUCUGCUUCACAGUUUGGGACGUCGGCGGUCAGGACAAGAUCCGACCUCUGUGGAGACACUACUUCCAGAACACGCAGGGUCUGAUCUUUGUGGUGGACAGUAACGACAGGGAGCGUGUUGCCGAGUCGGCGGACGAACUCUCGAAGAUGAUCCAGGAGGACGAGCUGAGGGAUGCCGUGCUUCUGGUGUUCGCCAACAAACAGGACCUCCCCAACGCGCUCCCCAUCGGCGAACUCACAGACAAGCUGGGACUCAACAACCUGCGCGGCCGGACCUGGCACAUGCAGCCCACCUGUGCCACUCAGGGCACGGGUCUGUACGAGGGCCUCGACUGGCUGUCCAACGAGCUGGCGAAGAGCUAGACCACCGCACGCCAGGCAGGAAGCGGCGGCACAGACGUCGGCACGACGUCAUCAUGUACAGACGAGGAGGCGGAGCAUCUCGCAGGACUGAUCCUUUCCUCUUUUUCUAAAUUAUAAAUGUCGGUCAGAGGCGGUGUCACGGACUCCCUUGAGCCUCGUGUUCAGUUCUUCUUGUUUUCUUUUAACGCAUGUUUUUACUCCGGAUCAUGUGGCUGGGUGUUAAAGAAAAGGGAGGGGGCUUAAGCCAGGUGACUGUGCAGGUAGCAAGUCUUGCAGCUGGUCGUGUGAGGACCCUGAAAGUCUUGUUGUCAAUCUAUGUGGAAAAGCAGCAGGUGAUGCAAUAAAGGUGUUUUUCUUCAAUAAA